AUGUCUCGACGACGUCCGAACUUCUCGACUCGCACCCCCGAAGAAGAUGUUUCUCGCCUCGACCCAAAUGAACAUGGGGACAAUGCGGAGAAUCGUGCGGGCCUCUUGAAAUGGCCCUCAAAUAUCUGGUCCCGACAUCAUGGGGUGGACCAGACAGAGUCCGGAGAACCUCGACGACAUUCUCUACCUCGAAACUUUUUAGGGGGAUUGUCUCGAUGGUGGGCCAACAGCACCGAAGCCGAACGACAUCAUGACGCCCAAGAUGAGAGUGGUAUCUCACAGCUGUCUUUCUCCGCUGGACCUCUUCGAGAUUCCAGUGUGGAUAAGAAGGAUAGGAGUGGACAUCGACCUCGUGCAUCAGAAGAGACCAAAAAGCUUGGAACAUUCUCCGGAGUAUUUGUGCCUACCACGUUGAACGUGCUUAGCAUUCUUAUGUUCCUUCGAUUCGGAUUCAUUCUUGGCCAGGCUGGAUUACUGGGCAUACUGGGACUACUGUUGGUAUCAUAUAUGAUCAACCUCGUGACAACGAUGUCUCUUUCCGCAAUCGCAUCCAAUGGCACCGUCCGAGGUGGAGGUGCCUAUUACUUGAUAUCACGGUCACUCGGCCCCGAAUUUGGUGGGUCGAUUGGAAUCGUGUUCUACCUGGGAUAUGUUUUCAACACCGGCAUGAAUGCUGUUGGUUUGAUCGACUGCUUCACAGAGAAUUUUGGUAUGAACCGGGGCUCGUUGGCAAAUUUCCUCGCUGAAGGCUUUUGGUGGCAAUAUCUUUGGGGAACUGUUAUUUUAAUUCUCUGCACUGCAAUCUGUUUGGCAGGAAGUUCCAUCUUUGCGAGAGCAAGUAACGGCCUUCUCAUUAUCCUCCUUGUGGCCACGUUUAGUAUUCCGCUUUCUGCCCUCUUCGUGAAACCAUUCUACUCACCCAAGGAACGCGUGGAAUUCACGGGUCUCAGUUUGCAGACUCUAAUGGAGAACCUCAAGCCUCAUCUCACCAAGGGCGCUGCCGGCAGCCAGAUGAAGGGAAGGGAGAACUUCCAAGACCUUUUUGGCAUUUUGUUUCCUGCCACAGGCGGUAUCUUUGCUGGUGCAAGCACAUUGUCCGGUCUUGCCUUGACAUUCAUCACAUACGGAUUGGUCAUUCUUGCAAUGGCGUCUUCCAUCAGCAGAGAGUCAUUUUACAAUAACGCCAAUGUCAUUCAAGUUGUAAAUGCAUCAGAAAUCCUUAUUCUCCUGGGAGAAUUUGCAACUAGUUUCUUCUCUGCCCUGAUGGGAGUGAUCGGUUCCGCAAAGCUUCUGCAAGCAAUCGCGCGGGACAGUCUCCUUCCCGGACUUACCAUGUUUAGCCAAGGCACGAAGAAAAGUGACGAUCCUGUAUAUGCCAUCAUCGUGACCUUCAUUUUUGCCCAGGUCACGAUGCUGUUCGAUAUCAAUCGCAUUGCUUCUUUUGUUACCAUGGCUUACUUGAUGACCUUCCUGGUGACAAACUUGGCUUGCUUUCUUUUGAAAAUUGGAUCAGCCCCGAACUUCCGACCGUCGUUCCAUUAUUUCAACUGGCAAACUGCUGCCAUCGGAACUGUUGUCAGUGGAGUCAGUAUGUUCUUCGUGGAUGGUCUAUACGCUGGGGGAUGUGUGGGAAUCCUAGUGAUUCUUUUCCUCUUGAUUCACUAUACCUCGCCGCCUAAAGCUUGGGGCGAUGUCAGCCAAAGUCUGAUCUACCAUCAAGUACGAAAAUACUUGCUCCGCUUGCGACAGGAACAUGUGAAAUUCUGGCGGCCGCAGAUCUUACUUUUCGUCAGUGACCUUGAUAGACAGUAUAAGAUGGUAUCCUUUUGCAACUCGCUGAAGAAAGGUGCCUUGUUCGUCCUUGGUCACGUCCUGGUGACCGAUGACUUUUCAGCGGCUGUCCCAGAGGCACGUCGUCAACAAACAGCGUGGACGAAACUUGUCGAAUUUUCCAAGAUAAAAGCAUUUGUCAAUAUUGCAAUUUCCCCGGCAGCUGAAUGGGGGAUGCGAAAUAUUGUCCUCAACUCCGGGCUAGGAGGAAUGCGACCAAACAUCGUUGUGAUUGACCAAUUUAGAGAAGACCAGAACCUGGCAGAGACUUUCUCUGUGAACAGCAAUCGCAGAGAGUCUUCGAAAUCCAGACGACGAUCCUCCAUCCUUGGAUCCAAAUUUGAUGCGGACGAGCCUGCGCCGCCCACCAAGGGCAUGAGCUGUAAGAGCUACGUCACAAUUUUGGAAGAUCUGCUCUUCAAGCUUCGCAUCAAUGUUGCUGUUGCCAAAGGAUUCGAAGACCUCGAGUUACCGGAUCUUCACGGCCGCCAUACAAAGAAGUACAUAGAUCUAUGGCCGAUCCAGAUGUCUGCGGAACUUGGCGCAGACACGGAAAGCAAACAGAAUGUGCUUACUACAAACUUUGACACCUACACUUUGAUCCUUCAACUCGGUUGCAUUCUGAACACGGUGCCAUCAUGGAAGAAAACUUAUCAAUUGCGGGUUGCCGUGUUCGUCGAGUACGAAACUGACGUCGAAGACGAGCGAGGGCGUGUGGAGGCUCUUCUCGACAAACUGCGAAUCCAAGCCGAGGUCCUCGUAUUCUGGCUUGCCCGCGGCGAUCUCAAGGCCUACCGCGUCAUUGUGAAUGGCGACACCUCUCCGGAAAUGGAAGAUGCUCAAGAAAACGUGAAUACUGUACUUAAGAAUGAAGAUUGGUGGCAGGGAGUCGUGAAGGCGCGCACUCGUUUCCAGAACAUGCAGGAACAGGAGCAGCAGCAGCAGCCCACAACCGAAGAUUUCCCGCAUAUCGACCGAACAUCGACGUGGCAAAGCCCAACCAGUCAGGAUAGCGGUAACCGGCCUCUUCAGCAGCGGGUCACAGGGUUACGCAAAUUGAUAUCGAAGCGCCGGCGAUCCGUGUCUAGUUUCCGCGCACUGGGAAGCGUCAGCCUUGGCAUGCAGACACACCGCUUGUUAGAUGCAUUUGUUGAAUAUGACGGUGACGAUUCAUCAACUGCAAGCAGCGACGACAGUGAUUUCGACCCUUACACAAGCGAUCCCGAGAUUGACGAGGGCGAGGCAAGCAUCGCGCAUGAGGACGAUGCGAGCAACCGAAAAGGCAGCGAGAACGCAGAUCUUUUGCAACCCCUCGAACGGAGUCAGAGCGAUGAUCAUAGCUCUGGCGUGAGUCCAACUGCCGAGACACCACCUCGCAAGGAUUCGUCCGGGCGAAUGAUUCCUUCAAUUAUCGAGACCGGCGACGGUGCCUCGCCAAAGAGCAAGCCGGCUACCCGUCCGGGCAUCAGUCGGAGUGCAUCCAGCAACCGGUUCAGUUCCUCGCCCAUCCCCGAAGCCAAGGUCAACACGGACGCGGACGAAGGUGCUGGACCCAGUAUCAUGUUUGCGUCGAACGCCUCACCGCCACGCUUCCUUGGCAAACUUGACUCGAUCUAUGCGCGUCGCCCGUCGAUGCCUUCGCCCAGCUCCAGUCAAACGGCUUCUGGGUUCCCUGGUCCGGCCUCGAUCCCAUUGUCCUUUAAUGAUCUGCCCAGUCGGGCGCAGCAUCUUAUUCUGAAUGAGUUGAUGGUGCAGCAGAGUAGUGAGACGGCUGUGAUCUUCACCACGCUUCCAUCACCGAUUGAAGGGACAUCCUUGGGAGAGGAAGAUAGUGCCUCGUAUUUGAGUGAUCUGGAGGUGCUCUGGAAUGGGCUGCCGCCUUGUUUGUUGGUGCACAGCAAUAGCAUGACAGUGACGAUGAAUUUGUAA